AUGAAAUUUGGUCGUGUGAAACGAUCAAAGGGAAAACCGUGUGAUGCGGAGGAAGAUGACCUAGAUCAAGAUCCAUUUUGGGGCCAACAAUGGACAGAUAAUUUUAAUCACAGUUUUUCUGCUCAAAAACCAGUGUCUCCAUGCAACUGGUAUGGUGUUUCGUGCGAUGAAACCGGCAGCAUAAAUAGAUUGAACUUAUCCUCGUCCGGUUUAAACGGUACGCUUGAUCACUUUUCCUUCUCUUCGUUCCCAAAUCUUGCGUAUUUCGAACUAACUGUAAACAACUUUUCUGGGAUUAUCCCAUCUGAAAUCCGCCACCUAUCAAAACUUGCUUAUCUUGAUUUCUCCUAUAAUCAAUUCACCGGAAUAAUCCCACCCGAGAUUGGCGAGUUGACGAAACUUACCACCCUUCAUUUGAUUAGUAAUCAGUUGAAUGGUUCUAUUCCGCUAGCUGUAUGUCAUAUGAGAUUACUUUCUGGGCUUUCGUUGGCUAAUAAUCAGUUGAAUGGUGCAAUUCCUACCUGUUUUGGUAACUUAUUGAAUUUGCAUUAUCUCUAUCUGGACCGUAACUAUAUAUCUGGUUCAAUUCCUACUUCUUUUGGUCAGUUGUCGGAUUUGCGUCAUCUGUUCCUUUAUUUUAACAAUAUUUCUGGUUCAAUUCCUCAUGAAUUGGGGAAUCUUUACCAUCUAAAGGAACUUUAUAUAAACAAUAACUAUCUGACUGGAUCUAUCCCAGAAACUUUGGUCAAUCUAAAGAAUCUAACCGACUUAACUCUAUACGAGAAUCAGUUAAAUGGAUCAAUCCCAAGAGAAAUAGGUAACUUGACUUCACUUAUAUGGCUAGAGCUACAAUUGAACAAUCUCACUGGUCCCAUCCCUGCCUCUCUAGGUCAACUCAAAUCCCUUCUUCACAUUAGUCUCUACUCUAACCAACUUUCUGGUCCCAUCCCCCAAGAGUUAGGAAACUUGACAUCCCUUUCCACUCUGCAUUUAGCAUUCAAUAAACUCAACGGUUCCAUUCCAAGUUCAUUUGGUAAUCUACAAGCUCUAGAACAAUUGUCUCUUCAAAAUAACAAACUUUCUGGAUCUAUCCCACCGGAGUUAGGAAACCUGAAGUUGGUUGAAAUUGAAAUGACCAACAAUAGGUUUUCUGGAAGUUUGCCUGAUGAAAUCUGCAACGGAAGGAAGCUUGAAAAGCUUCUUGUUGGAUAUAAUAAACUAACGGGUCGAAUUCCAAAAAGCUUGUACAACUGCUUGAGCUUGAUCCGAGUCCGGUUUGACGGAAACCAGAUAAGCGGAGAUUUUUCCAAGAGCUUUGGUGUCUAUCCUUACCUCAGUUACAUCAAUCUCAACGAUAACAAGGUUUACGGGGGUAUCUCUGACAACUGGAGUAAGUGCCGAAACUUAACCACGAUACAGAUGGGAGGGAAUAGAAUCCAAGGUAGCAUACCUGAUUCCAUGGGAAACAUGAUUCAGUUGGUAGUUCUUAAUCUUUCUUCCAAUGAUUUGGUUGGAGAUAUACCUAAAGAAUUCGGAAUGCUGACUCGUAUAGAGAAGCUUAUAUUAAGCAAUAAUAGACUUUCUGGCAUCGUGCCACAAGAGCUAGGAUCACUAGCUCAACUCUUGAUUCUUGAUAUCUCCAUGAAUAAGUUGAAUGGGUCCAUUCCAUCUUCCAUGGGGCAGUGCUCGAAACUCUUUUUCUUAAACUUGAGCAAUAAUGGAUUUGCACGCGAAAUCCCAGUCCAAUUAGGUGGAUUGAUUCAGUUGUCUGUUCUUGAUUUAAGUCAUAACGAGCUUACCGGGUAUAUACCUAAGACUUUUGAAUCAAUGAAUUCGUUGUUGAACAUUGAUCUUUCAUAUAAUCACUUACGAGGACCCCUCCCCAAAAGCAAAGUCUUUAUGAAUCUUUCAAUAGAAGCAUUGCAAGGGAAUAAAGAUUUGUGCGGAAAUGUUAGCGGGUUGAAACAAUGUGCAUCAGAAAGCCGGGCGCCAACUAGGAAACGCAAACUCGUACUAGUGAUUUCCCUUCCACUUCUUGGAGCCCUUCUACUUGGCGUUCUGAUGGGAAUGUUCACCUUCUAUUGUCACAGAUCAAAGAGUCUGCCAUUGACGCAGCUUGUGAACCGACAUAAACAUGGGACAAAUUUCUUUUCAGUUUCGACAUUCAAUGGAAGAGAGACAUACAAAGAAAUUCUAAAACAAACCGAGGAGUUUAACGAAGCAUAUUGCAUCGGAAUGGGAGGAUGUGGAUGUGUGUACAAAGUGAAAUUGUCCUCAGGAAAUACAGUUGCUGUAAAAAGACUUCACUCGUCUUCUGAGGUGAUCAAUCACAAUGAUUUCCUUAACGAGAUUACGGCAUUGACAAGAAUACGACAUAGAAACAUCGUCAAACUACUUGGCUACUGUUCACAUUCUCAAAUCUCAUUUUUGGUUUAUGAGUAUCUCGAAGGGGGUAGUCUAGCUGAUAUUCUGAGCCAUGAAACUGCUCAAACUUUGGACUGGAUGAAGAGGGUGAACAUUAUCAAAGGUGUUGCAUACGCUUUAUCCUAUAUGCAUCACGAUUGUUCACCGGCUAUCAUUCAUCGUGACAUAUCAAGCAAAAAUAUUUUGCUUGAUUCAGAGUACGAAGCUUGUGUUUCGGAUUUUGGUACAUCCAAAAUUUUGAACCCAAACUCUUCCCACUGGAGUAACAUUGCAGGAACAUUUGGAUACCUCGCACCAGGUAAUGCAUUUUCCAGUCGUUCAUAUAUUUAGUUAGAACAGAUUUCAUCAUGUCAUUAAUUUUGCAGAACUCUCUUACAUGAUGAAGGUAACCGAGAAGUG